AAGAAUCAAUCAAAGAUCUAUCAGAAUUACGACACACUUAAAAUAAAUAAUAAUGGAGGAAGUGCUCAAUUAAUGCCCGAAUGUAUCAAGUAACUUCAGAAGCAUCUCCAAGAAUAAAAUAUCCGCACCAUGUACAUCUACAGAUUAAGUUCUUAUAAAAAGCGUCUCAGCAUUUUCACCAAAAAUGGACAUAAUCAAAUCCAUGUAUCAUCCUCACCCAGAAGCCUGCCCUGACCUAUCAGACUACUACUAUCACCAAACUGAUCCAUAUUUAUCACCAAUAUAUCCUAGACCUUUGGUACAUCAUCAACCUGGAUUCAUAAAAGUAGAAGAUGCUAUCAAUAUGGCUCCAGAGCUCUCCAGAAGAAGUCCUGAUGAUAUUUAUGAUAAUAGCACUUAUGACUCUUUAUUAUCUGGAUCAUCUUUGGUAUCUGAAGAAAGAGUUAGUUAUGGUAAUUUUAACUUUUUUACACUAAAAAAGGGUAGUUUUAAUAAUAACUUACCAGAAACUCUUCCAAAAGACGAGUUUUCCAAGCAGAGUAGAAAGAAGAGGAGAAGAGCGGUACGAGAUCGACCAGCUUCUCCCACUGUGAUGAAAAGCAGAAGAUUGGCCGCAAAUGCUAGAGAAAGACGACGAAUGAAUGGCUUGAACGAAGCUUUUGACAGACUGCGUCAAGUAAUUCCCAACUUGGACACCGAACAAAAGCUCAGCAAAUAUGAAACCCUCCAGAUGGCACAAUCAUACAUCUCUGCCCUUAAGGAGCUCUUAACCAUGGAAAGGUAACAUGGUUAUCAAGACUUUAAGACUCAAAAUUGUGAUUUUUCUAUAUAUUUUAUAUCAAGGAAUAUCCUAGAACAAAUAUGUGUGCAUCUAGUUAU